UACUCUGUGGUUAGCGUAUAUACAAGUCAUGAUAAAAUAGUCGCAUACAUGUCUGCACUUACAAAGGCAAUGUCCAAGUUCCGCCUGGCCGUCAUCCAGCUGCAGGUGAGCAGCGUCAAGGCGGACAACCUGAACCGGGCCAGGAAGCUCAUCAACGAGGCGGCGGGGCAAGGCAGCAAAGUGGUGCUUCUGCCGGAAUGCUUCAAUUCACCUUAUGGAACUGGAUUCUUCGCUUCCUACGCUGAGAGGAUUCCAGGAGAGUCCGCUGAGGUUCUGUCCCAGGCUGCCAAGGACAACAGCAUCUAUCUGGUAGGAGGCUCCAUCCCUGAGGAGGAUGCUGGCAAGUUGUACAACAGCUGUCUUGUGUUUGGGCCUGAUGGAAAGCUCCUUGUCAAACACAGGAAGAUCCACCUCUUUGACAUCGACAUUCCAGAGAAGAUCCGCUUCCAGGAGUCGGAGACGCUGAGCCCCGGCAGCACCUUGUCCGUGUUUGACACACCCUUCUGCAAGGUGGGAGUGGGGAUCUGUUACGACAUGAGGUUUGCCGAGCUGGCACAGCUCUACAGCAGGAAGGGGUGUCAGCUGCUGGUCUACCCAGGAGCCUUCAACAUGACCACAGGCCCCGCCCACUGGGAGCUCCUGCAGAGGGGCAGGGCGCUGGACAACCAGGUGUACGUGGCCACGGCGUCACCCGCCAGAGACGAGAGCGCCUCCUACGUGGCCUGGGGUCACAGCAGCGUGGUGAACCCCUGGGGAGAAGUUAUCUCCAAGGCCGGCGCCGAGGAGGCCGUCAUCUACGCAGAUAUCGACCUGCAGUUCUUGGCUGACGUGCGACAGCAGAUCCCCAUCACUGCCCAGCGCCGCCACGACCUCUACGCCGUGACGUCUGCUCAGGAUGCGCGGAGAUGAAAGUGCACGCCUCAUCUUGCCUCCUUUAACUGGAAGCAGGCAUGUGGCUUCUGAUGCCUACCGCCAAGAAUGAAGCGAUAUCACUUCAUUCAUGAUAUCAUGUAAAUAUAAUUUGUGGAUUCAGUAAUAGAAAGAAGCAAAGUGGAAUAAACUUUGACCACUUUUUCCAUGUGGACGUCUUUUAUUAAACCUCAGAAAGCCUUUUAAAGCACUCCAAAGCAGGGCUGUCCAAAUGUUUUUCCAGCGACGGCCACAUAGUGAAAAAUGAAAGGAUGACACUAUUUUGUAAAGCAACACGUACGUAUGUUAACAAGUCAUAUAUAUUUCAAGAAAAAAAACUGACAUAGAAUGAAUUGGAAUUAUUACUAUCAACUUUACUCUUUGCUCUCUUUUUUCCCAUUUUUCUGGUUUUUUUUUUUUUUUUACAUUUUUCAAGUAUUUCAACUUUCUUCUUGAAUUGCACUUAAGAAAUGUUAUUUUUGUAUAUGACUUUUUUUAUGACUAUUCAGUAUUCUGGAUCAGAUGCAGAUCAAAUCUGGCAUGACAUGGCAUCCUCUGACCGUGUGUAUGCAGGAAAGCUCCUUUUAAAGUGUUCAGGACAGGGCCGGGUGUCCACAUGUUUACCAGCGAGGGCCACAUAGUGAAAAAUGCAACUUUGCCACUUGGAUAUUUAGUAAAGCAGCACAUGUAGAUAUGCUAACAUGUUAAAUAUAUUUCAAGAACAAGCUGCAUCUCAGCUUUGUCAUAUUGGUGGAAAAACCUAUUAGGAUUACAACUUCAUUCCCCCCCCCCCUUUUUUUUAUAUGUUCCAAAUAUUCCAACUUUCUUAUUAAACAGUCUGUGAAUUUUCAUCUCAUAAAAUGAUCACUUUUCCCCAACCUCAUUUUCCAAAAAUGACAGCUUUAUUUUGUUUUGUUUCUCAAAAUAUAACAAUAUAAACUUUUUUUUUCUUUAAUAUUUAAACUGUGUUCCGCCAAAAAGACAUUAUUUU